AUGCUGGAGACCUACAGGAACUUCAUUGCUAUAGGAUACAAUUGGGAAGACCAUAAUAUUGAAGAACAUUGUCAAAGGGAUAAAAGAUAUGGAAGGCAUGAAAGACACCCUUCUGGAGAGAAACCCUAUGAAUAUACACAAUGUGAUAGAGCCUUCACAUAUCACAGUCAUCUUCAAAAGCAUGAAGAAAUUCAAACUCAAGAGAACCCCUCUGAAGGCUUUCAACAUAGUGAAACCCUUGCAUGUCAUACUAGUGUCCAAAUACAUAAAAGAACAGGUACUGGAGAGAAACCCUACAAAUGUAAUCAAUGUGAUAAAGCCUAUUCGCAACACUGUCAUCUUCGAAUACAUGAAAGAAUACAUACUGGAGAAAAACCCUAUGAAUGUAAUCAAUGUGGCAAAGCCUUUGCACAUCACUGUACUUUGCGCUUGCAUAAAAGAACGCAUACUGGAGAGAAACCUUAUGAAUGUGAUCAAUGUGGUAAAGUCUUUGCACAAAGCAAUUAUCUUCAAAUACAUAAAGUAAUACAUACUGGAGAGAAACCCUACAAAUGUAAUCAAUGUGAUAAAGCCUAUUCACAACAGAGUCAUCUCCUUAUACAUAAAAGAACACAUACUGGAGAGAAACCUUAUAAAUGUAGUCAGUGUGGUAAAUCAUUUGUAUCUCAUAGUCAUCUUCAAACUCAUGAAAGAAUUCAUACUGGAGAGAAACCUUACAAGUGUAAUCAGUGUGAUAAAGCCUUUACACAGUACACUAGUCUCCAAAUACAUAAAAGAACACAUACUGGAGAGAAACCUUACAAAUGCAAUCAAUGUGAUAAAGCAUUUUCACAAAACAGUAGUCUCCAAAUACAUAAAAGAACACAUACUGGAGAGAAACCUUAUGAAUGUCAUCAAUGUGGUAAAUCCUUUGCACGUCACAGUAGUCUCCAAACCCAUAAAAGGCAUCAUACCGGAGAGAAGCCCUAUGAAUGUAAUCACUGUGGGGAAAUCUUUGCACAUUUCUGUAGUCUUCAUCAUCAUGAAAGUAUUCAUACUACAGAGAAACCAUGUGAAUGA